UCUAAAGAUGGCCGAGUAUGUAAACGUCGUCCGAAGGGCUUUGGGGCAAAUAGGAGGUCACGGUGGAAUACGUGGUCUUCUUCUACAAUUACUCAGGGUCAAUGAGUUGAAGACGGGGGCCCUGAUCGGCGUGGAUAAUUAUGGAAAUAAGUAUUACGAGGACAGUAAGCACUACUUCUUCGGACGGCAUCGCUGGGUGAUCUACACCAAAGAGAUGAAUGGAAAGAAUACGUUGUGGGAAGUAGAUGGCAGUAUGGUGCCUGCUGAAUGGCAUCGUUGGCUGCACUGUAUGACAGAUGAUCCCCCCACCACGCAUCCCCCUGUGCCCAAGAAGUUCCUUGCAGAGACCCAUCAGUUCAACGUGAGUGGCACAAGCCAACAGUACGUGCCCUUCCCAACCACACGCAAGAAGAUCCACGAAUGGGUUCCACCCAAGGCUGGGACUCAGUGACCUCACUGGAACAAGAUCUGACCUUUGAUUUCCAUCACUGUAAUUUGUACUACCCUGCCUGUUCCUCCGACUUGCUCUCUAAAUAAAGUCUCAAUACAUAUAUUA